GGGUACCCCAACCCGUUUUCCGAAAUGCCCGUCCCUGGAAAACGGCGAACCCUAUCGCACCACGCAGAAGGCCGGCGAGAAGAGGAAGAUGAAGAACAGAGGGAUUUGGGACCAAUAUAUAAGAGAUUUGAAGAAAGCUCUUGCUCAGAAAACUGGAAGAUCUUGUUUAGGGGACAUGAGAAGGAGGACACAGAACAGUUGCACACUGCUGGUGUCAAGGACUCGUCUAAGGUUGCCCUUGUGGAGGAUCCGGGAAAGGGAGAGGAAUGGGUUGAGAAGCAGCCGGAGGUAACUGAAGAGAUGGCAAAGGCUAUUGCUGCCAUUGCAGCAGUCUGAUGAAUCGUUGGUUUCUACGGCGAGAGAAGAUGAAAUCAGUGAAGGGUUUUGCUUAGUGGUUUCUGUCCUUUUGGGUUGAGGUCGCUGCCGUUAACGGAGGGACAAAGAGGCUGCAACAGAGGAGUUUGAUGUGUCUCUGCAGAACUGCUCAUGAGACAGUUGCUCAAAUUGGACAGCGUGGAGCACAACGCGAGGCCGAGGUUCGUUUAAUUGUUAACUUUUCAUCUGUAUGUGCGUGCGUACAAGUUCUUUGCCGUGAAAUGCUGAACAUCGCUGCUUCUAGGAAGCCGUUUUCAUUGCUUUUACUUGGCUGAGGAAUAAUGCCCUGAUGGUCUGAGGAUAUGUGUGGCAGAAGACUCAAUUGUUUUAUAAUUUCCUUACAUAAAAUAUCUUUCGAAGCGAGUUCAUGGCUUCUCCGCUAGUCCCGUUGGUUGAGCAAACCAUGGGCCAGCGGUUGCCACCAUGGUUCGAGCCAAAGAACCCCUUCGGUCUCUCUCUCUCUCUGUGUCUAAAUGAGGUAUUUCAAAAUACCUCUCCUUUUAUACAUAAAAAUGUUAGAAGUUGCCCCUCUCGAAUGUCUGUCAUCGGUUCUUUUCAAGCCAUUAAGCUCCGUCGUUGAAAUGACAUAUUUGCCCCUCUGGCUUUGUUGCGGAUGGUGCGGAAGUCGGUGGCCUGAAGGUAAUUUGCAUGUUGAAUAAUUUGUGGCAUGGGUCCUUGGGAGUUGCUUAUAGUUUUCGUGGGGUCAAUUUGGGAAAAAGGCCAAACUUAUAGACUCCAGAGAGAAAAUUAGUUUAUAUUUUUUCCAUAUUUAUUUUUGUAAAAAAUCACCCCCAUAUUUCUUUGUUUAUGCAAUGAAAUUUAUGUAAUAUUAUUAAU